GAAAGGGAGCCAGUGAACAAACAGGCAGAGUCAGAGCGUGUAAGCAUGGGAGCCAGAGUAGUAAAGCAAGCCUGAUGCACGCAGUGUGAAGGGCAAGAAGGAGAGCAGGGAGAGAAAGAGAGACGCUCAGCAGUGAAGACUGAAGAAAAAGAGGAGAAACAAGAAGAGAGUCAGAGAGAAGAGCAGCAGGAGGGAGAAAGCUACAGUGUGUCAACUCCACACAAUCUUUGUAUCCCAACUGUUAAUUCUGCCUCAGCGUCAGCAUCUGGCAACAAGGAGACAUCUGUAUACUCACCGGUAACAAUGAUUUCCUGGCUGCUGCUUCUUCUUCUCUACUGCUUUGCCAGCACGGGGAGAUCUACUGUGUUCACCCAACAACCAACAGACUUGGUAGUGGUGGCAGGCCAGCCAGUAACACUGCCCUGCUCCAUCCCCGGAUACCAUGGCAUGGUGCUGUGGCUGCGUGAUGGCAUGGCCCUGGGUGUUAAUAGGGAUCUAUCAGGUUACCCGCGAUAUGACAUUGUUGGAGACCACAGUAAAGGAGAAUAUCACCUCUUGAUCCAGAGAACAGAGAUUCAAGAUGAUGCUUUCUUCGAGUGCCAGGCCAUCCAGGCGGCCAUCAGAUCACGCCCCGCCCGCCUCACUGUGCUGGUUCCUCCUGAUGACCCGGUGAUAGUGGGGGCCCCGGUGAUGAGUUUACGGGCCGGCGACCACCUCAACCUCACAUGUCAUGCCGACAACGCCAAACCUGCUGCGUCCAUCAUCUGGAUCCGCAACGGUCUAGUCCUGAGUGGAGCCAUGUAUUCAAAGACGUUGUUGCGGGAUGGUAAGAGGGAGAGCACAGUCAGCACACUCUAUCUAUCUCCCUCCAACAUUGAGUCAGGUCAGCAGAUCACCUGUCGAGCUUCAAACAAAGCAGCCCCCAACGGCAAAGAUGCUUCUGUCACAAUCGAUAUUCAGCACCUGCCAAUUGUCAACCUCACUGUGGAUCCGCAGCCUGUUCUGGAGGGAAACCUGGUCAAAUUCCACUGUGCCGCCAAAGCCAACCCGCCUGUCAUCUUCUACAGAUGGGCUAAAGGAGGUCAUGUGAUUUUGGACGUACCAGGUGACACGUAUGAGGUUCUUGUGGAUCACACCUUCUUCACUGAGCCUGUUUCCUGUGAGGUCACCAAUGCACUGGGCCACACUAACAUCAGCCGGAACGUGGACGUCUACUUUGGGCCGAGGAUGGCGGCAGAGCCUCAAUCUCUGCAGGUGGACCAGGGAUCUGAUGCGGUUUUCAACUGUGCUUGGACAGGAAACCCCUCUCUAACCAUCGUAUGGAUGAAACGUGGCUCAGGAGUGGUGCUUAGCAACAAGAAAACUCUGACAUUGAAAGCAGUAAAGCAGGAAGAUGCUGGGAAGUAUGUAUGUCGGGCCGUAGUCCCUAGAGUGGGUGCCGGGGAGAAGGAGGUGUCACUCACUGUGAAUGGUCCUCCCACUAUCUCUAGCACCCAGACCCAGCAGGUGCUCUAUGGAGAGAAGGGUCAGAUCAAGUGCUUCAUCCGCAGCACCCCUCCUCCCGACCGCAUUGCCUGGUCCUGGAAGGAGACGGUUUUAGAGUCGGGGACUUCUGGCCGCUACACUGUGGAGACAGUCAGUACUGAGGAGGGGGUGAUCUCUACACUGACCAUGAGUAACAUCGUCCCCGCUGAUUUCCAGACCAUCUACAACUGCACGGCGUGGAACAGCUUCGGCUCGGACACCGAGAUCAUACGACUCAAAGAACAAGAGACUCUGCGACUGGCUGUCAUCAUCGGCGUGGCAGUGGGAGCCUUCCUCGCCCUCUCCAUCCUCCUGGGGACGUUAGGCGCUUUCUGCUGCACCAGAUUCCAGAGGAAGGAUGUCCAUCUGGUCAUGUCUUCUCUUCCUGUGUCCCUUUCGCGCCAGAGAGAUGUGAAAACAGAAAAUCUCAAAGGAGUGGUUUCAGUAAAAAAUGACAUGCGAGUAGAGAUCGUCCACAAGGAUCACAAUGCAGCACGGGACAGCGAGGAGCAUACGAGCAUCAAACAGAUGAUGAUUGAACGUGGUGAGUUCCAGCAGGAGCCUGUGCUGAAGCAGCUCGAGGUGCUCCAGGAGGAAGAGAAGGAGUUCCAGCACAUCAAGGACCCUACCAAUGGCUACUACAGUGUCAACACCUUCAAUGAGAACCACCCCACCCCCACUAUGUCCUUAGCCCCCAGCCAGACUCCCGACUUAGUCCGAAGCCCACCUACUGGAACUAUGACGAUCGGCAAGCAGCGGGUUCCCACCGGCAUGUCCUUCACCAACAUCUACAACACCCUGGGUGCAGGGCCCAACCGCCUGUACGACUACAGCCAGCGCUUUGUCCUGGGCAUGGGCAGCAGUUCCAUCGAACUGUGCGAGCGAGAGUUUCAGCGGAGCUCACUCAGCGACUCCAGCUCCUUUAUCGACACCCAAUGUGACAGCAGCGUCAGCAGCUACAGCAAGCAAGAAGGCUAUGUGCAGUUUGACAAGGACAGCAAGACCUCGGCCUCGUCCUCCUCCCACUAUUCUCAGUCCUCCUCCCAGAACUCAGACCUCACCAGGCCUCUGCAGAAACGCAUGCAGACCCAUGUCUAACAGUUUGUGGGGCCUUGACUGGGACGACGAGGAUGAAAGGGAUGUUCCAAAGAGCCAUUUUACCUACAAAGAUUAAAUGUUUUUUUUCUCAGUGCUUGAUUGGUAUUCCAACAGUGGGACAUAACAUGAUUUGUAGAUGCCAACGUUUGAAGCUAUACAUCUUGAUGAAACUUCUGGAAUCAAAGUGCGAUUUCUAAAUAUGAGCCAACUUAAAAAAAAUAUUGACAAUCAUCUGUCUGUUCUCUCUGCUCAAAAAAAAAAAGACAGUAGUUUCUUGCUGUUCCAAUUGUCUUUCAC